GGCGGCCCGCGGCGGUCGGAAACAGUCUGUGUGUAAACUCGACGUGUCCGGAAAGGUGUGCGCUGGUCUCCGCGUCGCUCCGCGCCCGGCAGUGGGGCGCGUCCUCCGACCACCAUGCUGGACCCUUCCUCCAGCGAGGAGGAGUCCGAUGAGCUGCUGGAAGAGGAGCGGCGGGACGUAAUGGUGGCGGCAAGCAGUGAUUCCCCGCGCUCGCUGCCGCCGCCGCCCCGGGACGCACGGGGCAGGGAGGCCGGCGCGGCUCGGGCGGCCAGUCCUAGCCCCUCGGUGCUGAGCGAGGGCCAGGAGGAGCAGGAACGACAGCAGCGAGAGGAGCGGGAGAAGCGGCUCCGGCUGCAGCUCUACGUGUUCAUCGCGAGGUGCAUCGCACACCCCUUCAACGCCAAGCAGCCUACGGACAUGGCCCGCCGGCAGCAGAAGCUCAAUAAGCAGCAACUGCAGAUACUGAAGGAACGAUUCCUGGCCUUUUUGAAUGGGGAAACACAAAUUGUAGCAGAUGAAGCAUUUUGCAAUGCUGUGCGGAGUUACUACGAGGUAUUUCUCAAGAGUGACCGAGUUGCAAGAAUGGUCCACAGUGGAGGAUGUUCUGCAAAUGACUUCAGAGAUGUUUUUAAGAAAAACAUAGAAAAGAGAGUCCGAAGCUUGCCAGAAAUUGAUGGAUUGAGCAAGGAGACUGUGUUAAGUUCUUGGCUAGCCAAAUAUGAUGCCAUAUACAGAGGAGAAGAGGACUUCUGCAAACAGACGAAUAGAAUGGCCUUAAGUGCUGUAUCGGAGCUGAUUCUGAGCAAGGAGCAGCUUUAUGAAAUGUUUCAGCAGAUCCUAGGGAUCAAAAAAUUGGAACAUCAAUUGAUUUAUAAUGCCUGCCAACUGGAUAAUGGAGAUGAGCAAGCAGCCCAGAUCAGACGUGAACUAGAUGGACGACUACAACUGGCAGAACAAAUGGCAAGGGAAAGAAAAUUCCCAAAGUUUGUAACAAGAGAAAUGGAGAACAUGUAUAUAGAAGAGUUGCGCUCGUCGGUGAAUUUGCUGAUGGCAAAUUUGGAAAGUCUUCCAGUGUCUAAAGGUGGGGCAGAAUUUAAACUGCAGAAGUUAAAGCGAUCACAGAACUCUGCGUUCUUGGACAUAGGAGAUGAAAAUGAGGUUCAGCUGUCAAAAUCUGAUGUUGUCCUCUCGUUCACAUUAGAGAUUGUUAUAAUGGAGGUGCAAGGUUUGAAGUCAGUUGCUCCCAAUCGAAUCGUCUACUGCACCAUGGAAGUGGAAGGUGGUGAGAAGCUUCAGACGGACCAGGCAGAAGCUUCCAGGCCACAAUGGGGAACUCAAGGAGAUUUCACCACUACCCACCCUCGGCCUGUUGUCAAAGUAAAACUCUUUACAGAAAGCACUGGAGUGCUGGCACUUGAAGAUAAAGAACUGGGAAGAGUAGUAUUGUAUCCAACAUCCAAUAGCCCAAAGUCACCUGAUCUGCAUAAAAUGAUAGUCCCCAAAAACAGCCAGGACAGUGACCUUAAAAUUAAACUGGCAGUGAGAAUGGAUAAACCACCUCACAUGAAGCACUGUGGAUAUUUGUAUGCUCUAGGACAGAAGGUUUGGAAGCGGUGGAAAAAACGCUACUUUGUUCUUGUUCAGGUUAGCCAAUACACAUUUGCGAUGUGCAGUUACAGAGAAAAGAAAUCUGAGCCUCAGGAACUGAUGCAACUUGAAGGAUACACUGUGGAUUAUACAGCUCCUCACACAGGUCUUCAGGGUGGACGAAUGUUCUUCAAUGCUGUUAAAGAAGGUGAUACUGUGAUCUUUGCCAGUGAUGAUGAGCAGGAUAGAAUACUCUGGGUUCAAGCUAUGUACAGAGCCACAGGUCAAUCAUAUAAACCCAUUCCUGCAAAUCAAGCUCAAAAGAUGAAUCUUAAAGGAGGAAAUGCCAACACAGAUAUAUCCCCACUUUAUACAGAUCGUGGUCAGAAGCAUGGAAUGGAUGAGUUUAUUUCUGCUAACCCCUGCAAAUUUGACCAUGCCUCCCUUUUUAGACUGCUUCAGAGGCAGACCUUGGAUCACAGAUUGAAUGACUCCUAUUCUUGUUUGGGUUGGUUUAGUCCGGGUCAAGUCUUCGUGUUAGAUGAGUACUGUGCUCGCUAUGGAGUGAGAGGCUGUCACCGCCAUCUUUGCUAUCUCAAUGAAUUGAUUGAACAUUCAGAAAAUGGCUCUGUCAUUGAUCCAACCUUGCUUCACUACAGUUUUGCAUUUUGUGCUUCUCAUGUUCACGGGAACAGGCCAGAUGGAAUUGGAACAGUAUCUGUAGAAGAGAAGGAAAGGUUUGAGGAAAUUAAGGACAGACUUUCCUUCCUUUUAGAAAACCAAAUAAGCCAUUUCAGAUACUGUUUCCCUUUUGGACGUCCUGAAGGAGCUUUAAAAGCUACACUUUCAUUACUUGAAAGGGUUUUAAUGAAAGAUAUUGCCACUCCCAUACCAGCAGAAGAGGUGAAGAAAGUGGUUAGAAAAUGUCUGGAGAAGGCUGCCUUGAUCAAUUACACUCGACUUACAGAAUAUGCCAAAAUAGAAGCAACAGUGGAAAAGGACUCAGAGACCAUGAACCAAGCACCACCUACUAGAAAACUGGAAGAGGUUCUUCACCUUGGAGAACUCUGUAUCGAAGUAUUGCAGCAAAAUGAAGAACAUCAUUCAGAGGCAUUUGCUUGGUGGCCAGAAUUAUUGGCUGAGCAUGCAGAGAAGUUUUUGUCUCUCUAUUCUGUUGAUAUGGAUUCAGCACUUGAGGCACAGCCACCGGAUUCCUGGGACAGCUUCCCACUUUUCCAGCUGCUGAAUAAUGCCCUCAGAAAUGACACCUUUUUGUGCAACGGGAAGUUUCAUAAGCACUUGCAAGAAAUUUUUGUUCCCAUGGUCAUCCGCUACAUUGAUCUCAUGGAAUCAUCAAUUGCCCAGUCCAUUCACAGAAGUCUUGAACAAGAGUCAUGGCAACCUGUCAAGAGCAUCACCAACAGUCUUCCUAAUGUAGCUCUUCCAAAAGUUCCAAGUUUGCCUCUUAACCUUCCACAAAUACCUAGCUUUACUACACCAACCUGGAUGACUUCUAUGUAUGACUCCACCAAUGGCUCAGCUACGUCAGAAGAUCUUUUCUGGAAACUGGAUGCUCUGCAGAUGUUUGUCUUUGAUCUUCACUGGCCUGAACCAGAAUUCGCCCACCAUUUAGAGCAGAGACUUAAACUCAUGGCCACUGACAUGAUAGAAGCCUGUGUUAAAAGGACAAGAAUUGCAUUUGAACUCAAGCUGCAAAAGACAAACAAAUCAACAGACUUGCGUAUCCCUCCUUCUCUAUGUACAAUGUUUAAUGUCUUAGUUGAUGCUAAAAAACAGACAGCUAAACUCUGCAUACUGGAUGGGGGGCAAGAGUUUGCUAGUCAGUGGCAACAAUACCAUUCGAAAAUAGAUGACUUGAUUGAAGAAACUGUCAAAGAAAUUAUUUCACUUCUUGUUUCAAAGGUUGUUUCAGUAUUAGAGGGUGUACUGUCUAAAUUGUCAAGAUAUGAUGAAGGGACUUUCUUCUCAUCUUUAGUUUCAUUCACUGUGAAAGCAGCUGCAAAAUAUGUUGAUGUUCCUAAACCCGGGAUGGAUCUAGCAGACACCUACAUUAUGUUUGUUCGACAAAACCAGGAUAUACUCCGAGAAAAAGUCAAUGAGGAGAUGUACAUAGAGAAGUUAUUUGAUCAAUGGUACAGUGGCUCCAUGAAAGUCAUAUGCAUGUGGUUGGCUGAUAGAUUAGACCUUCAGCUUCACGUCUAUCAGCUGAAGACUCUCAUCAAGAUAGUGAAGAAAACCUACCGAGACUUCAGAUUGCAAGGCGUCCUGGAGGCAACACUCAACAGUAAAACCUACGACACUGUUCACAGCCGUCUGACCGUAGAAGAGGCCACAGUCUCAGUCACAGAUGCUGGAGGACUUCAGGGCAUUAGUAUGAAAGACAGUGAUGAAGAAGAAGGGUUUGAAGAUUAUCUCAUCAUGUUGAAUGUCAGUAAGCUUGCCAUCAAUGUUUCUAUUUCUGUGGGAAAAAAAUCAGGCAAUAAGAACACAUUUUGGUGUGUCCCCUUCUGCAUCUACCCAAGUUUGUAUAGAAUUCUACAAUUAAAAGAUGUUUUCAAUAUUUCAAACCAUUUGAACUCUUAUAUGAUUCCUCAAGAUAGCAACUGUGGGGUUUUGUUCUAAGAUUAUAUUAUGUUAAUUUAUAGUAAAUGUGUAUCUGAUCUACAAAUGUACAGCAAACAAAUAUUCAACAAUAUCAUGCCUUUAUAAAGAAAAAAGGCAAACAAAACCCCCUCUCUGUUAAGCAAACCACUAGUGCCUACUACCUGUUUUCCUGUGCUGUAAGGCUUCAGGAGUUUGUUGGCUUCAGGAGUUUGUUGAAGCAUGCCAGGCUGCAGGAACUGGAACAAGAUGGAUAUGGCCAUUUUCACUUCUUUGUGCUGUGAUGGAGGACUCAACCAGAGGUGUCAUGAGAGACUUGAAGCCUUUGAGUCGCUCAUGAUUCUGCCCCCGGGGUGCAUGCAGCUGCAAGCAAAUGCACUUUUCAGGCAGCAGCAGAGUGGGAGACAGCCUCUGUAGGGCCAGGAGUGUGGGGUGUGCACAACAGGUACCCCUCCGCCAUUUUUGCAUGCACAAGUAGUUGUAGAGAUCAAUAGGAUCUCCCCUUAGCCUUCUCUUCUCCAGACUAAAUAACCCCAGUUCCAUAUGGGGACUAACCCAUAUGACAUAGAAUCAUAGAAUCAAACAGGUUGGAAGAGACCUCCUUCCAAAACCCUCACCAGCCUUGUUGCUCUUCUCUAGACACACUGCAGAACCUCAAUGUGUGUCUCAUGCUGUGGUGCCCAGAACUGAACAAAGUACUCAAGAUAAGGCCUCACCAAGGCCAAGUACAGGGGCACAAUCACUUUCCUACUCCUUCUGAACACACUAUUUUUUAUACAGGCCAGGAUACCAUUGGCCUUGUUGGCCAUCUGAAGGCACUGCUCAUUUAUGUUCAGCCAGUUGUCCACCAGCACUCCCAGAUCCAUUUCUACUAGGCUUGCUUUCCAACCACUCUACACCAAACCUGUAGUGCUGCCUGGGGUUCUUAUGACCAAAGUGCAGGACCUGACACUUGUUAAAGCUCAUCUCAUUGGCUU